AUGAAGUCCAAAGGACAGACGGAGCACGAUGAGGGCAUGCUGGAGUACCUGGAGGACAUCAUCGGCUCCUGUCGUCUCAAAGAGCCCAUUAAUACCCUGUGCCGGCGGGUGGAGCUACUGAACGAGCAGCGCGGAGAGAAGGACGAGCAGGAGCUGGAGCAGAUCUCUGAGCAGGACCAGCAGAAGCGGAUGCAGGUUGGAGACAUGAGACAGAAGGUGGCUGAAGCCAAGAGCUCGCUGUCCUCCAACCGCAGCCGCAACAAAGUGCUGGACUCCCUCAUGCAGCAGAAACGCUCGGGGAAGAUCCCGGGCAUCCUGGGACGGCUGGGAGAUCUGGGAGCUGUCGAUGAGAAAUACGACGUGGCCGUCUCCUCCAGCUGCGGCUCGCUGGAUAAUAUCUUAGUGGACACCAUUGACACGGCGCAGAGAUGCGUCACGUUCCUGAAGACCCAGAACAUCGGUGUGGCCACAUUCAUCGGCCUAGACAAGAUGAAAGUGUGGCAGCAGAGCAUGGGCUCCGUCUCCACUCCGGAGAGCAUCCCUCGUCUGUUUGACAUGGUGCGCGUGAAGGACGAGAGCGUGCGGCCGGCGUUCUACUUCGCUCUCAGGGACACGCUGGUGGCUAGAGACCUGGAGCAGGCCACGCGGGUGGCGUUCCAGAAGGACAAGCGCUGGAGGGUGGUCACGCUGCAGGGGCAGAUCAUCGAGCAGGCCGGUACCAUGACCGGAGGAGGAGGACGAGUGAUGAAGGGCCGGAUGGGCUCCUCGGUCUGCGCUGAUGUCACUCAGGAGCAGCUGGAUAAAAUGGAGAGCGAGUUGAACAAAGAGCUGACGCAGCUGCAGGACUGGCAGCAGAGGAAGCAUCAGCUGGAGGAGAAGGUGCACAAAGCCAGACGCGAGCUGAGAGACAUGAAGAAUACGCUGGAGAAAUACACGGCCACCAUCCAGAGCCUGACCGAGCAGGAGCUUCAUCUCAAGACUCAGAUCAAAGACCUGGAGGCCAACGUCAUCUCCGCUGCUCCUGAUAAAGCCAAGCAGAAGCAGAUGGAGAAGAGCCUGGAGGUCUACAGGAAAGACUUUGAGGCAGCGUCCACUAAAGCAGGAAAGGUGGAGGCGGAGGUGAAGAGGCUGCACACGCUCAUCGUGGACAUCAACAGCCAUAAGCUGAAGGCCCAGCAGGACAAACUGGACCAGAUCAGCACACAGCUGGACGAGUGCUCCUCAGCCAUCACUAAAGCCCAGGUGGCCAUCAAGACUGCUGGACGUAAUCUGAAGAAGUCUGAGGACAGCGUGUCUCAGCUGGAGAAGGAGAUGGGAGAGAAUGAGAAGCUGAUGGAGGAGCUGACGGAGCAGCUGAAGAAGCUGGAGGAGGCGGCGGGAGAGAUCAUGCAGACGUACCAGCAGGCUGAGGAAGCUCUGCCGGAGGUUCAGGAGCAGCAGCGAGGAGUGCUGCAGCAGAUCAAGGCCCUACAGGAGCAGGAGCACGUGCUGCAGAAGGAGUCUCUGAGUGUGCGGCUGAAGGUGGAGCACAUCGACACUGCCAUCACUGAGUGCCACAACAAGAUGAAUGAGGUGUAUGGUCCCAGUCUAGCCAUCCUCGUGACAGCUUGGUGUGUUCUGUGCGUUCCCAGUGUGCGUCCUCCUAAGAAGAGCUGGAAGAAGAUCUAUAACCUGUCAGGAGGAGAGAAGACGCUCAGCUCUCUGGCGCUGGUGUUUGCGCUGCAUCACUUCAAGCCCACGCCACUCUACUUCAUGGACGAGAUCGACGCUGCCCUCGACUUCAAGAACGUCUCCAUCGUGGCCUGCUACAUAUACGUACGUACACGUACCUGCGGUUAA